AUGACAACAAUUAAAGUACACGGAGGUAUUGACAUACUGCGGUUACCUGUCAACCAAGAGGAGCAUAUCUUUCCUCCCUGGCAGAUAAAGUACACUCAGUCCCAUAUAUUGCACUCCAAGUGCUCCAAACAUGAAGAAUCUUGUCCUGCUGACAGUGAUCCUUGUCAAUUUUGCGAGUACAACAGAGCGUUGGAGAUGCCUCACAUGCCGGACAUGGAGAAGGUAAAGCCAUUUGAUUGGACUUUCACCACCGAUUACAUGGGCACGUGUAAAGGUUUUCAAAUUGAGGAAACUGAUGAGAGAAUCGAUUUAGAAAAGCUCAAGAGGAAGGAUAAAAUUUUAUUUUAUCAUGAGCUUACACUUUUUGAAGAUGAGCUUCAUGAUAAUGGAAUAGCUUCUUUGACAGUAAAAAUUACUUCGUUAUACCACAAACUAACAGUUCCUGAGGCCGAUUCUUCGUCUCAAUCAAAAUCAUCCAGUGAACCAGAGCCUAAGCAAUUGAACGAACCCAAUCAUGAGACUUGA